CUCCAUCGUUAUUCUUUAUUUAAACGAUGCGUUUAUGUAUGCAGGCGACAAGUGGAGAGAAAAUGAGUUUAUUAUCAACCGUUUGGUGUUGGAGUAUCACAGAAACCUCUGUAAUUCCACCUUCUUCUUCGUUAGCCAACCAUGGAGGAUUUUCCUGGCCAAUCUGUUCUCGUGAAAAUCUUCACCUGUCACUCUCAUCUUCGUCUUUGUCAUAUCGAUUUCAUCGUCCCCCGAGAAGCCGGUGGUCUAUCUUUCUCCAGGCAAAAAACGGGAAAUCAGGUUCAGAACCAGCGCUGAAGCCGAGCAUAGUUGAAGAAGCAUUAUUCGACGACGACGAAGAUGAAAUUAUCUUCGAAGAAGACGAAGAUAUGAUGGAUGAUGAUGAAGAUGAUGAUGAAUACUUUGAAGAUGAGAUUGCAGAAACCUACGCUGGUGAUGGAGCAGAUGGAGGAGGAAUCUCACUUGCAGGAACUUCAUGGGAUAAAGAAGCUUUAAUAUUAGCUGAAAAAGUCUUACUUUCUUUUGAAGGAGACUUGAAAAUAUAUGCAUUUCGUUCAUUACCAAAUUCCACAAUUCAAGUUCGCAUUGAGAAGUUAUCAAACAAGUCUGGUUCACCAACUAUGAGUGAUAUUGAGGCAUUUUCAUCUGCCUAUAGAAAAAGGUUGAAUGAAGCUGAACUUACAGGUUCUAUUCCUAAUGACAUUUCCCUAGAGGUAUCUUCACCUGGGGUUGAGAGGGCAGUUAGGAUACCCGAAGAUUUGGACCGGUUUAAGCAUCGUGCUAUGCAUGUUAAAUAUGUAACAAUUGGGGAUGAUUUGUUGAAGGAGACUAGUUAUGGUGUUUUCAGGCUUAUUUCAUUUGAUGUUGAAGAUAAAAGUUGCACAUGGGGUUUAGCAGAUGUAAGAGUUAAUAGGGAAAAAGCAGGGAAAGGAAGACCACUUAAUAAGAAGCAAAGGGAGUGGCAGGUAAACACUUCAUUUGAUUCUUUACUGUUAGUUCGCAUCUAUUCCGAAGCAUGAUAAAGGUUAUAUGACAAGAGUCGGGUUUAGGGUUUAUGAUUUAUUAUAUUCGAUUCACAUUCAAAUCAUAUAAUCUCUAUUGAAAUCGUAGUUUGUUCAUGUGAGGACUUGUAGUUGAGCUUUAAGUUGAUUUCAGCUCUUAUGGGUUAUGUGGAUUGUGGACAUUUUUAGGGCAUUUGUUUUCAUUAAGGAUGUAAAUGAACUUGCUCUUGAGCUAUUCGAAUCU